AUGGAGUAUGCCGGGACUCAGCUCUCUUGGCCCCAGAGCGAAGCGAGACAGGCCGUCGACGGUCGUGACGCAGAAGCCGAGGCUGAGGCCAACAAGCAGCGCAGGAAAGUCCAGAACCGGAAGAAUCAAAGAGCACACCGACUACGUCUCAAGGGCGGAGACUCGGGGAAUGUUCAGGAGCCGCGUCCAUUCCGGGUCAGGCGCUGGCGCCUCGACGAGCCCGACCAUAUUCCCUCUCAAGAAAUCUCGCUAGCAUCAGAGCGCGCAAAAACCACAUCCUUCUCCCUUCGACCGUCUCACACGUACACAGGCAUAUCACCCUCCACAGCUGGCACAGUUAUCCUACGAGGAUCAUCAUCCACUGCCCACAACCAUGCCCCCCUAAAUUUGGACCCCCAGCCCUUUACUUUUCCCCUGUCCUCGGACCACCUCCUGCAUCUCAUUCAGUAUAACGUCUUCCGCGCCUUAAUCUCUAAUAUGCGUAUCCUCAACACCUUACCCGCCGACCCCACCAUCUGCACCAUUGCCUCGCCCUGCCGUGACGACACGGCCCUCUACCCCCUCGAGCCCGACAUCCCUCCCUCUCUCAUCCCGACCACCAUCCAGCAAACUCACUACCACUCUCCAUGGAUUAACGUCAUCCCAUUUCCCCGUGUCCGCGACAACCUUAUCAGAUACGAAGGCCGCUUUGACUCCUGGGAGCUGAUGCAGGACCUCGUCGGUGAACUAUUGAACUCGACGCCAGCCCCGCAACGACGAGACGCGUCCGUUUCUGCCAACAUUCCCGAGACUCAACGGCCCCUAAUCCUUUCAUCCGGAAGUGAUCCGGAUGAAGUGACCGCCGGGCGUAAGGGGCUCAUUGUCUGGGGUGAGCCGCACGAGAUGAAGAGUUGGGAGGCCACGCCCGGUUUUCUCGCGAAAUGGGCAUGGGUUGCCGAGGGCUGCGAUGAGUUGGUGGAAAUAAGCAAUCACUGGAGGAUGAAAAGGGGAGAGGAACCUAUGCGACUCGCGAUGUCGAGGGGCUAUCCGCCACCACCGCUCUCGCACGCAGCGUCAGCUGGAGGAUAG